CGAGAAUCCAAGAUGGCGCACUCAGGUAUUUCUGCUGGUGCGAAGGGAAGACUUGUUGCUGUGAUAGGAGACGAGGACACUUGCACUGGUUUUCUAUUGGGAGGAAUAGGAGAAAUUAACGCCAAGAGACAGAAAAAUUUCCUGGUUGUGACUAAAGAAACUUCAGUUAGUGAACUUGAAGAAGCCUUUCAGCAGUUUACAAAUAGAAGUGAUAUUGCCAUUCUUUUGAUCAAUCAAAAUAUUGCUGAGGAGAUCAGGCAUAUUCUUGAUAAUUAUGAUAAAGCUAUUCCAGCUAUUCUUGAGAUUCCAUCCAAGGAGCAUCCAUAUGACCCAUCUAAGGACUCAAUAUUAAGAAGAGCAAAGGGUUUAUUCAGUGCAGAGGACUUCAAGUAGUUAUCCUGAAAUGCUGCUUACAAGAACCAGUUAUGAAGAGAAUGAAUUAGGAAAAUUUGUGGAAAACUUAAUUGUUAUUUAACUAUCAAUAAUCUUAUUAUUUUGAUGGGAAGCUUGGAAUUUGUACCUCUAAAAAGGUACAGUUUCUGAAUGGUGUGAAAAUAUCAGUUAGAUGGAUCUCAGUCAAAGUAUAUUGCAAUAACUCUAGGAAUGGAAUACUUACUGAUGGACUAACACCUUUGGCUGAAAAUGCAAGACCUAAAUAGGAAACGGGAAAGAAAAUCUGAGAGUAAAACAAUCAGAAACAGCAGAAAACAGAUGAAAAUGAGAGAUCAUGAACAGACUGUCAAAGAUAUGCAGUGUUUCUUAUACCAGUCCCAAUAAGUGUUCAGUGAAAACUUAACGGUUUAACUCCCUUGAGUUGCUGAGACAAAAAUUGCGCUUAGAAUACCAAUACACUGUCAAGUACACAAUUGAUGAGAAUAAAGAAAUUUAUCAAUA